AUGGCGGCGCCCUUGCGGCACUUCCGGCGUGUGCCGGCGAUGUGGCGAUGGCGGCUUACGGGGCCGCUGCGGGCCGGGGGAGGUCCCGGCGGCGUCGCGGUUCCCCGAGCGGGGCUCAAGAAGUUGGCGCUGCCCCCGGAUUACAGCGGGAUCACCAUCCCGGAGAAGCCGAAGCUGAAGUUCAUGGACAAGGUGCCGGCGGUGCCCAAGGUCCGGCGGGAACCCCGGCAGCUCCGUGACAUCCGUGGCCCGUCCCAGGUGGCCACCGACUUCACCGAGGGGCAAUUCGGGAUCCUGGCUUUGGGCGGGGGUUACCUGCACUGGGGCCACUUUGAGAUGAUCCGCCUGACCAUCGGCCGCAGCAUCGAUCCCAAAAACAUGUUCGCCGUGUGGCGCGUGCCCGCCCCCUCCAAGCCGGUGACACGGAAAAGUCUGGGACACCGGAUGGGGGGCGGGAAGGGCCCCAUCGAUCGCUACGUGACAGCGGUGAAGAGCGGGAGGCUGGUGGUGGAGGUGGGCGGGCGCUGUGAAUUCGGGGAGGUCCAGCCCUUCCUGGCUCGCGUGGCCCACAAAUUGCCCUUCCCGGCUGUGCCCGUCAGCCGGGAGAGCCUUCAGGAGAUGCGGCGGGAAGAGGAGAAGAAGAGGCUGGACAACCAAAAUCCCUGGACUUUCGAGCGUGUGGUGACCUCCAAUAUGUUGGGGAUGAGGAAAUACCUGAGCCCCUAUGACCUGCAGUUCAAGGGACGCUACUGGGGCAAGUUUUUCCUGAAGCACAGAGUGUGAAGAGCAGUUGGAUUGGAUUCCUUUUGGAAUUAAACUUUUCCAUGAGA